AUAGGGGACAGUUUAGCUUGGUGGCAUUUCUCCAGUUUGUGGUCAGAUUUUGGCACUCUUGCUUGUUGAGAGUCAUUCAGGAGCUUUGUGAACUGGAGACACUGCUCUGUCGUAGUUGAGCUUGUCAGGUGACUUUGACAGUUAUGGACUUUGCAGUGAAACUGUGGGACUGAAUACUGCGUACCUGACGUCCGAUUUUAAACUUCUGAAAAACUCCCUUCCAAGUAUUAGCUCCAUCCUCAGUGUGGAUAUCAGUUGAUUCAAAAGGAGAGUGCUAACUUGUGAUAAAUUUUUGGUGCAGUAUUUUGGCGAAUUGUUUACAGAAGGAGUUGAACAAUACUAAGCUUCAGUAAAAGUAAUUUUUAAAGAAUUUUAAUCAUUUUUAAGGAUUUUACUAAACUGAUUUGAGGAUUUAUCUUUCGGACAGUUGUGGAAUAAGUGAAGUCCUCCUGUCAUUAUAAUUUGGUGCCAGGUGGAGUGAUAUUAUUCAUCAAAAUAUGUACAUGAAUACAGGCAUGCAUCAGUAGGCUGGCAUAUGGCACGAAUCCUAUACAAAUCAGACCGCCUGUGUACCUUUCACCAGGUAUAUAAAACCUUCAGUUCAUUGCUUAUUUAGUUGCUGGCAGGCCUGGAGACGGUUAGGCCGGGAUGUUGUGCAGGAUUGGAUCAGAUCGGAAAGAUGGAUGUGGAACGAUUUUAAAAUCACGGAGUACAACUUUACUGCGAUAAAAUUGGCGUCAUAUAAUCUCUACUGAACGUAGAUUCGUGCUUUCUAUUGGUGGAAUCUUUAAUUGAGUUUGUUAGCUCGGAGAAUAAGUUGGAGUUAAAUCGUCGGUGAUCAACUGGGAUCGGUGUUGUGUGUUCACUGUAUUUAAGACUGCACGUAAAGUAUUAUCUUAUCACAUCUAUGGAAUCUUUGAAAUUGUUGUCACAAUUGAAUUACUAAAGUCAUGUAGGGGUUCCCGUUAUAAGAGCAACUGUUAUCUCAUCUUUAUAUUUUCUGACAAAGCUUCCUGUAUAGUUUCCGCUAGGCUGGGCGAACACAAUAGCCAUCAGAGCUCGGUGUUUUGAUUGAGGAUCUUUACACUUGAGGACGCAGUGCAAAGGAUGGAAUGUGUCACUGCGACACUGACCUAAAUUAAUAAACUUUUCAAAGCACUUCUCUCUUCUCUGAAUCUAUAAAAAGUCCAUGGGCAAGGUCCGUGGACAACAAGACUCCUGAAGUUUACAUUCUGCAGUGGAAUCGUGGAAUGUUGACAAGUUUUUGUCGAGCAAAACAGCUGGAGGUGACAGUCAUUGGCUCAAUCAAACUCUUGGAUAUUUUCUAUAGCUGGGCAGAUUUUAGUUUCUAAGAUCUGCUGUCAUGAAUUUGAGAAAGGAUUUGUUGUAGGAUUUUAAGGAAUUUCUGACUCUACUCAAGCUAUUGGAUUACUCCUUUCCGCUUUCGUAAUUCUAUUUCUCAUUCUUCUGGGUGAAGAUAUUUCUGUGGCGAUUAUGGUGAAGUUUUGGGAAAAGAUAAGGAGGACUCCUAGCAAUCGUGACAUCAAGGAGAAAGAGGCCGGAUUCCAGGGGUAUGGGCCCGGAGACCCUGCUGUCAUUGAAGUUCAGGGGACAGUACCUGAGAGCGAGUGCUCCAACAUCAACACUUCAUCUAAGGAUGGCGUAAGUUUGCAGUCUCAGGUUAGUUAUCCCGGAUCUCAAAUGAGCUAUUCUGGGUCUCAGGUCAGCUAUCCAGGAUCACAGCUUAGCUAUUCCGGAUCGCAAGUAUCUCAGGACACUUUGUCAACUCUGAGAGGAUCUUUGAGGGAUGAUGACAGUUUGAUUUUAGAUUCUUCGUAUGAUGGGUCAAUAACUGGCUCAAAGGGGGAAGCCAAAGAUAAGAAGAAAAUGAAGUCAAAGGACAAGAAGAAGGGAGAUGUGGAAAUGAAGGGGAAGGAAUUGGAUGUUCGUGGGGUUGGUUUGAUCCCCUAUCCUGAUAUGAAGGAGUCUAGAGACUUGAAGGAGAGCUCCAAAGGGAAGAAAGGCAAAGAUGUAUCGGAGAAGGACAAAUGGGUCAUACAUAUCGAUGCAAAUAAGGAUAGGACGGCUUUGAAGAGUAUUCAGAGAGAUGGGAAGAAGCGAACAACACUGGAGCGUGGGAGUGGCCUGGAGAGGCCGGGGCCGGAGCCGAGUACCGUUGGGAAGCGAAGUACGAUUGAAAGAGGGAGUGGGCUGGUUGAGUCUAAGGGAAGCAUGAGUGGGUCCAAAGGAAGUUUGAGGGGAUCCAAACUAAGUCUCAAGGAGAAGAAGAAAAAGGAGAAGGAUUCCAUUAAAUUGGAACCCAAGAAGAAGGAAUCAAAAGAGGAAGUUAGAAGGAGGGAAAAAGAGGAAAAGGAGAUGAAGAAGAGAGAGAGGGAAGAACGUGAGAGAGAAGAGAAGGAGGCAAAGAGGAGGGCUAAGGAGGAAGAAGAGAGGCAGAAGCAGUUGAAGUUGCAGAGGGAACGAGAAGAAAAGGAGGAAAAGAAGAGAGAGAAGGAACGACAGGAGCGCGAGGAGAAGGAGGCUAAAAAGAGAGAGAAGGAAGAGAAAAAGAAGAAGCGAAAUUCCAAACUUUUCGAUACUGGAGACAAGCGCGAACCAUUACCGACACAUCCGGAAGAGAACCGCUGGUCUUUGAGUGAGCGGGAGAAAAGGGCAGCAACUCUCCAGGCUGGUGUGCAACCCGAUGUUGUUUUCAGAAAUAUAGACAAAGAUCGGUUCAAGGAACAAAAGAAGCGACAUUCAACAUCAGAAUAUCUGAAACGCCGUUCAAGAGAUUUUGACAAACAAGGUGGACUACCUACUGGCUUUGAAAAAUUUGAGAGGGAUGAGUUUCGACAGCGUAGCAGCUCACUUAAAAUGGAUACUGCACCCCCAACUCGUUUUCUUGUACAUGUAAGACCAGCAUCUACCCAGGUCCAAUCUGGAGUUAUAAGAAAACCAGCAGUAACCACAGAAACUCAAACAGCUCAGAUUCGUCCAGCUGAGAGUGCAAGAGAACUUUACGAUCCAAAUGACUUUGCAUUGCAGUUUCUUCAUAAGAACUAUUUGUCACCUAGUAAGUCAUCUAUUGUGAGCCCACGGCUGGCACCUCUUGCCUCACAGGCCUCAGAAGAGUCGCUGAACUCAAGCUCCUCAUCGUCGCAGAAGAAGGGGAAGGUGGGCCGCGGUGGACAUUUGCGAAAUGACAGUGGAAGUACCAUCACCAGCUCAAGCAGUAGAUCCUCUGGACACUCAGGAAUGAAGCCGGUCGCAGAGAGACCUGAAGUGAUUAGGAAGAAAGCGUACCACAAGUGGUCUCCUGAGCGCCAGGAAAUGGAGGAGGAUGCGAUCCCUGUUCCAAAGUUUCAACCGAGUAUCCCCACUGUUAGUCCAAAGGUUGGGAUGAGUUUCCCUGACAUGAAGUAUGCCCCCGAUUCUAACGUCAAAUCGAUGGAGAGCCAGAUGCCCAGUCCGAAGAGAACCUCGGGGAGCUUUGCAGUGAAGGGCCAAGUGCCUAGUCCAAAUGGUAAAUCAAGCAAGUUGGUAAAACCAAGCCAUGUGUCAUCAAGUCCAAAGAGACAACCAAGUAUCAGCUCAAAGGAUUCAUCCCCUGAAUCUCCUUUAAAGCCAAAAACUGAUGUUGUCGCUAUGAAAGCAGAAUUUAAGACCACACCAUUGAAAGAGUCACGUAUCCCAAAACCUCACACCAAGUCACCAGAACAAAAGUUGGAAGACUCAAAAUGUAUACCUGAGACUUUCAUACCGGAACCACAAGUUCGAGCAGUUGUCUUUGAAGCCCCACCUCAAUCUGUUGACAUGGUCCUACCAAAAACUCCAAAGGUGGAGUUAGAAACCACCAAGGUGCCACAGCCAGUCUCUAGUAACAUACCCGCUGAACUGGAUUGUGUCUAUAAUAUCCCGGAAGUUGAGGAUGUGAAUCUCCAUCAAAUGACACCUGACUCUAAAAUUCAGUACAAUCGCGAAAAAGUUACAUCAACGCUUACACGCACUAGUAAAAUUAUACAACCAGAGUUGGGUGAAGAUACAAAUGGAAGUGAUGCAUUAGACACUUCAGUUGACUCUGUGUCAUCUACAAACUCUAAUGCUCAGGGAACCCCUACCAUCUCCAUGACGAAUGCUCCAGUAUUAUGUAACACUCCAGGGCCAACUGAUGGGAAGGUGAGAAACAUACUUCAUUCUCACAUACCACUCUCUUCAAAAGAAGAUGGCACUGAUGACAAAAAGAAAACGCGAGAGACAAUAAGUGUAGCCUGUGAUACAAACGGUGCUAUCGAGACAACUUUUGGUGCCGAUUUCGAAUUCAUUGACACUGAUUCCUCAAUUGAGGAGCCAAGUCCAAAGGCUGUAGAUGAGGAACUGAAUCAGCCAGUGAUUGACUUCGUCGACGGUGAUUCUGCAAUUGCGGAACCAAGUCCAAAGGAUGUUGUUGAGGAACCGAGUCAUUCAGUGAUUGAGUUCAUAGACACGGAUUCCUCAAUUGAGGAACCAACUCCAAAGUGUGAGGUUGAGGAGGAAGAGAGGCAGUCAGAUUCACCAGUUCAGGAGCUAAUUUCUCCAGAGGACCGACGGCCGAAAUUUGUGCAGCUUGAUGCUCGAUUGCAAAAGGAAUCUGAGGUACAAGUGCCAAAGGGCGCUGUGCGGCUUGAGAACGGAGGCUUUACAUUUGCCAAGUUGCCAGAACCGGUGGAGGAAGAUGUAGCACCGAGUAGAGAGAGCCCAGUUAGAGAAACCACCCUCAUACAGUCACAGGAAGACCAACCGCAGGAUUUAGACCAAAAAGCACCAAGAAAAUCCUCUGUCAGUCAAAUCAAGGGUGCACACCAGCCCGACCUUGUGAGCAACUCGAUCGGGUCACGUGCCCACGCUGCGCAGGAGAUCAGCCGACUAGAAGCUCUGUGUGAAGCAAGAACCAAGGAACUCAACUAUGCCAAGAUGCAACUAAAAGCAGGAAUCGAAGGAUUCGAUGCCAUGUCCAUUAUGGUCCAAUAUCUUACUUCUGAGCUUGAUGCCUUCUCAAUGCCAGAAAUUCGGCUCCGAAUGAAUGAGAUGCAGGAGCGGAUGCAGAUUCUCACAACCGAUAUAGGCUACCUAUCGCACCUCUAUGCCACUACAUGUGGUGUCAAAUGGUCUCCACCAGUGGUUCGAGUUUUAAGCCACCCGAUGACCAGCGGUGAAAAUGAUCUAAAAGUUGAGAAGGCCAACUUAGAAACGAUGACGCACGAUCUGAUCCAGUCCAACAAAGAAACUGCCGAAACUCUGAAGGAAGAACACCGAACGACGUUAGACUCCCUCGAGGACCGCCUCGGGGUCAAGCACGAGGAACAUAUACAACGAUUGCAUGACCAACACUCAGAAGAAGUAAAGACAUUAAAAUCAUAUCAUGAAAAACAUUUAUCUGAGAUAAAGACUGAGAACGAGUCUGCGUCUCAGGAACUUUUGAAAAGGCAGCGCCAACAGUUACGUGAGAUUGAGGAGAGGGACGUCAGGCACCUGACGGAACUCCAGAAACAACACGAGGCCAAACUCUAUGAGAUUACUCACAGGUUCGAAGACAUCAAGGUGACGCUUUCGGAUAAAGUGUACACAUUGAAAGCGGAAUGUGAUGAGCUUCGGAGCCGAUCUGCCAUGUACGAACAGGCGCUGCAGCGGGAUACAGAUAUCAAAGUUCAGCCUGAUGAAACAGUUCAUGAUAGACUGCAAAAAAUGAUAGAUGAAAAAGCUCGGCCUCAUGCACGUGCUUCUGUAGACACCUCACGCCCUAGAUCCGGUAGAACUCCCAUCCCAAAGGAAUCCUUAGACGAGCGUUACAUUAUAACGCCCGAUUUUAUCGGGCGGCGCAAAAGUUAUGCUUUAGGGGAAUCAGAUAUGCCCAAGCUGGCGUUACUUCCAUACAGGGACCUACCUCAGGAAAUCGAGAGCUUGAAAGCAGUGUUAGACAUGAAGAACCAGGAGAUCCAUGACUUGAGGGCAAUUAAGAUAGACUAUGAAAAACAGCUUGAGGACCUUCCUCCUGCCAGGGAUCGUAUCAAGACGUUGGAACAGAAGAUUGAGAAUCUAGAAGCCAUAAUAAACAUUAAAUCAGAUUACGAAAAACAAUUGGCCGAGAAACACCAUGUGUUAAUGCGACGAUACGAUCGGGAAUCCAAAGCCAACAAGCGAUUAUCGAUGGACAACGAAGAAUUAAUGUGGCGGUUAACGGAGGAUGCUCCGGAAUGUACCAGUCCGGGCCCGGGCAAAAAAAUACCAGUUCCAUGUCGCUCGCCGUCAAAUCUGAGCGAUGUUAGUUCACCAGAUGGCGCGGUAAAACGAUCUUGGUCGCCGCGGAGUGGUCCAUUGUCGCCAGGGAGUGCUGAAGUUGCGGCCAUGAUUUCAAAAGUCCCAAUGCGACGGUCAAAAUCACGGACUAAUGAAGCUUUACCGAGUGAGAAACGGACUUCUUCUAAUAACUGUGACGAUGAAACAAAAUUUUAUCAAACAUUAUGAUGAGAAUGUUGCGUUUGAGAUUGGAUAUCAACAGUUUGAAAUACUCAAGGUCGUUUGGACCAGUGCCCUUCAACUCAAGGUCGCUUGGACUUACUCAAGGUCAAGGUCAUGGACCUGUCGUUGCUUUGGUAAUCGCCUGGUAUUGGAAGGAGUGAUAUUAAAAGUCGUGGCUAGGAUAAAGUUCAAUGUGGAUAUUGAUAUCUCUCAUUGCGGUGCUAGUCAGAAAUGCAUUGUAGGACUCUGUCUGUGAUGAUUGAAGCCGGUGGUCGAACACUCUCACCUGGUUGAAAACCUGUUAGGACUUGGGGUUCUGCAUUGUACCGGUAUCUGAAUUCCAGAUUUCAUCUAUGAUAGAGCAAUAGAGUUGGUUUCAACUUGGGUCAUAGUAGUUGGUCAUAGAAUGAUGACCAGGGCCAUAUCUUUUACUGCCAAUUCUGGUACUAGAGUAAAAUAACUGCCAAUCAGAAUUAUCACUGCUGGGAGUGCACCUGUGUGUAUGAGCCUGUACCAGUCUCACAAGAAAGUAAUUGUGUAUGCAAUGAAAUGGAUGUCAAGCUUUGGAGAGUUUACGUUUGGUUGGUUUUUCAAGUUGUGUACUGAGAGAGCAUGUGCAACGAUAUGCACAGAAAUGUACAGAUCAUUCAUGUGUGGAAUGAACUCGGUGCCAAUCUAUCUGGAACCAUAAUACACAGUACAUAGCACAUGUUGCAGUGCUAGUGUUAUUGGUCCAGGUAGGGUGGUACUGGAUACUGUGACCAUUAUAAUUCUCAAGCAAAUGGGUAUAUGUACGUCAAUGGUCAUGGUGUUAUUGUCAUAUCAUUGCCAGAUAGAUGUGUGCGCUUUUCAAACCAGCAAUUUCGGUUGCUGUGACCUGUGACGUGCAAUCAACAGCCAAUUUCAAAUCACUAUUGUCAUGUUGUCAUGGCAAUGUCCCAGGUCCUGGCAGCAGGGAUUGCGAAUUUAUCAGCGCUGUUGACUCUGGCCCACUCAUUGUAUCAUAUCAUUGAACUGGAUGCAGGACAAGCCUGCUUCAACAUUGGGAACAGACGCCUGCAAAAAAUCAUUGAUGUAUUUACUAUGAAUUUGUGUUUCUCCUGCCUUCUUUCUGCCCUGUGUAGGCCACGAUCAUUCUGUAUGAUUAUAGGCAGCAAGACCAGCACAAUACAGCGCGUCUCAUAAUGAAUGCCAGAAAAAACUAAUACCAUCUGUGUAGAUCUUCUUCUCGGAUUACAUGCAUCAUAUCUUGCCAAGUUUAUGUCAAAGUUUCCGAAUUCUCCUGAAAAUAGUUUCAAUUACUCAAAGUGGUCUUAAAGAAUAUGUCAUAGACAAAAUAAAUACCUAGGAUUUGUUCUUGGUGGCAUUGAUUCUGGGACACACUGUCAAGUCCAUCUCACUCAUAGAUGACAUGUACAUUUAUACAGUUUACAGCGCACCAAUGUGUAUAUAGGUUCAAUCAACGUUGGCCGACUUGGAGUGUCAAAAUAUAAGCCGCUUUUAAAUGGUUGCCAUGCUGAUUUGAAUUCGAUGUAAGUCCACAUUUUAUGAAGACUUGUUUAGUCAAUCUGACCUGCAUGCUGUUUGUGCACUUUGAUAUAAAUGUUAACGUCACAGUGUCUGGUGUCCGUCGCAAGUUAAAAAAUUGUUAACUAAAUUUGGGUUUUGGUUAUCUAAGACCAUAAUCUUAGUGGUUAUGAGUGAGUUUUUUAGGAAAAAUUCAGACCAGCAUACAUGUAGUUCGGUUUUACUAGCUUUGCUUCUCCAUGUCCAUGUGAGGUCAAUAUCACCCAAUAUGUCCAGACUUGAGCUAAUAUUUUGAAUUGAAUUUUAAAGUUUGGUUAAAUGUGGGAUUUUUCAUAAUGUAUAUCAUUGUACGCCAGAAACUAUGCAUCUGUGUAAGUGGUUUCACCAUCAUAGUCGAUUUUGGUUGCUAUAUCAUUAUAAGAAAUUGUACUAAUAUGCUGAACUGUUGAGAAAAAUCAGGGCUUUUCUUAAAUUAAAUUUUAUAUUUUCAUUUACUGAGUAUUUUAAUUGGAAGGCUUUUUGGAGUGCAAUUUAGAAUAAUUGUGUAACCUGGACAUACAUGAAAAUUGAAGAUAUAUAUAUGUAUAUAUAUCGAGAUCACUUAUAUGUUGCGUGGCAAUGUGGUACGUAUAUGUGUCGUUUAUACCAGUCAAAAUUUCACCAUUGGAGUAAAAUGAUGUCUGAAGUAUUAUGCUUUUAUACUGUUGGGCAGAUCAGAAUAGGGUCCAGUAAAGAAAUGUUAUGUCUCUGCAAGACAGGUGACUGAGCAGUUCUAGAGGCGCAAAAUGUACAUUUGGUUAUUUUCUUUUAACCAACCAAAAGGGUUAAUGAGUUCUAAAUGAAAUGUACUCGCUGCGUUCAGCUUUUGCAGAAAUGUCUUGAUACCAUGAUUAUGCUUGUUCUGGUCCAAAGCCCUAUGCCCAGGAAUCUGCAUAAUAAAAACCUGUUGUAAACUUAUUGUCAACUUAUUGCAGUGUGAUAUAGACAAUGCCAUCGGUGUGUAAUUUCAAGGUCUGGUUGCUUUACUUAAAACUACUGGGUGUCUCAAAAAAAGUAAAUAUUUUGUGUUUUUUGGGAUACCCUGUAUAUACUUGAUUCCUUUUCUUUCUGGGGUUUACCUGAUUCGUUCCUGUUUUACCUGUUUAUUCCAUUCUGUUUACCUGUUUAUUUUAAAGUUGUCUGUUUACAUUGCUUCAGGUAUUUCUUUUUAUUAUUUGAAAAACGUUAUUUAUUUCUACAUUCUUCACUUGUUGUUGGCUUUCCGCAACAUUUUAAUUUUUCGUUGUCUAAAGUUCUGCUAAAUGUUUUAAAGUUUUCACACUUUUUUGAGAGAAUACACAAAAAUUCUUGAAUUUUAAACAGUUUUCACUCAAUUUGCGCCAGAAAACAGAGAAAAAAAAUUGGAUUUGAUGUAAUUUUUCGUUAAAUAAUCUCACAUUUGGCUAACUUUCUCAAAAGGCUGUUCACAAUUGGCACUUGUUGGGUAGAAUUUUGGAAAACGGCCAGUAGUGUGAAACCUUGGGGAGUGGGAAAAAUUCGACUGCUCUCAUCUUAAAUACAUGAUUCUUUUGCUAAUCCCUGCCCUUGCUUUAGAACCUAAGCUUUAAAGAAAAAAUGCAUUUAUUUCACCUCAGAAGUGUCAAACCUCAAUGUCUUGUCAAAGUGACAAAUAAUAUUGGAAAUAACCUUGGUAUUCGUCACUUAGGCAAAACAUCGACAAAGCGUGUGGUUUACAUGUAUUCAUACACGAAAACUUAAUAUUGUCAAAUCUGGUGUGAAAUUGACAUGCAUGGGUCAGAGACAUUCCUUUGAUGUGGGUACAUGUACAUUUCUCCAUAGAUUGUCACUUGAUUGAGGUACAUGUACCUAGACUCCAUGUAUGGGUGUCCCAAUUAUUUGGGGAGAACCAGACUACUAAACUCAUACUAAGUGGCUUUUUAGACUCAAAAGCUACUUUCAGGAGGUAUCCCUGUAUCUAAGGUAUCCAUGUCACAAGGGUGUCCCUAUUUAAGGCAUUCAUGUCACAAGGGUGUCCCUAUCUAAGGCAUUCAUGUCACAAGGGUGUCCCUAUCUAAGGCAUUCAUGUCACAUGGGUGUCCCUAUCUAAGGCAUUCAUGUCACAAGGGAGCCCCUAUCUAAGGCACCCAUGCCUCAAGGGUGUCCCUAUGUCAAGGGUAUGUCUCUGCUUUUUUUUGUGGUGAGUUGUAAGAUAAGAGACCAAAAGGUCUUACAUUUCAGUGCAAUCGAUUGUAAAUAGUUGAAAUAAAAGCAUAUUUAUUGUUCAUGUGCUUCCUUCACAUGUAAAUCUAUGUAUUGUAGUUGUAUUACAGUAUCAGCACAACCUGUCCUAACUUUACUAAAGCUGGUAGCACACAGAGGAAGAUGUCUUAGAGAUCCUAUAGCAGAGGUAUCUUAAAUACUUAUAAACAUCGAACAUUUUGCUUUGUGGCAAUGCAUCAUCUGAAGCCAAGGCAGCACAAUGCCACUAACUAUAAAUGCCAGCAACAAAAACCAUGUGUAAGGUCUUUAAAAACCUCCGUGGUACAGUCUCACAGUCACUUUACACCUCUUUGUUCUCACAGCUUAAGCUACAGGAAGAGACUACUAAGUCUGGCAUGACAGUCAAUGCAACUGAAUGCAUCAUUGCCUGAAGGUCUGAAACUGACUACUCGAACGAAAAUAUAUUUUGCUACGACAGUGGCCUGUGAUUUAGACACCUGUGUGCGCUGCUGUUGAAACGAAGAACAUUGCCACCUUUUCGGAAAACUCUAUUAGUAUGAGUUUAGCGACACUCCUCAACUCAAAUUCUAGCAUCAGCGUCGCAAAUCAGGCCAUUUGGUGCAUUUUGGCGUGCUUUAUCAGUGGUAAAUAGAAAUUGUGCCGAGUGUUGGUAGAUUACUGUCAAAUCAGCCGUGAACUGUUGCAGCUUUCUGGUACCUAAAGCUGUUACAAUGCAGAUGAUGCCACCUUUAAAAGUCGCAACACUCCUGACUGGUUUUACAGCACAUGUACAAUGAAGAUCUAUUACAAAAUGUACCAAGGUGAAGUGGCUCUGUAUCUCAGCAAACUCAUUCAUUGUGUAUCUGUGUAAAAACAUUUCUGGUCAAUCUUUGCCAAGUUCAUCCGUUCUGUCACAACCCAGAUGUUAUGGGGUUCUGUUCCCUGUUUAGCCUUGCAGUUCAGUUCAUUCAAGCUGUUCUGAGAUGUAAUUCAAGUCAUUGUGCUGAUUAAACUAAAGUAGACAUAUCAAUGAGAA